AUGAAUAGAAACAAAGCUCAACUGACCUAUGUCACCUCAUUUGCUGAGUUUAAUAGCAUGCUGGCUGAUCCGAUAAAAAAUGUCAAUGAUGUAUUUUUCCCUACGGAAGAGAUAUCAGCUGUGAAUUGGGUGGUAAAUGAAAAUUUUGUGACGCAAGACACUGCCACAAAUAUAUUCAUAGCUGCCUUCACAACUGCUUGGGCACGCCUGAAGCUUUACCACGAAAUGAAUAAAUUGGGCAGAUCGGUGCUUUACCAUGACACCGAUUCAAUUAUUUAUGCGACCGAUGGUUCAAAUGAUCCGCCUUUAGGGAAUUUCUUAGGGGAUUUCACAGAUGAAUUGGAAGGGGAUACCAUUACAACUUUUGUUUCUGGUGGGCCAAAAAAUUAUGCCUACGAAACAGCUGGAGGAAAGACGUGCUGCAAAGUGAGAGGGUUUUCCUUAAACUUUAAAAACAGCAAAUCGUUGAAUUUCGACUCUAUAAAAAAAUUGGUAUGCAGCUUUGAUGAUGAUGAUAGUAUUACAACUACCAACCCAGCAAAAAUUACGAGGGAUCCUAAGCGGCGAAAAGUUAUGAACAAAGAAGAAACCAAGGUCUACCGGAUGGUUUACGACAAGCGAGUGGUAAAUCCAACCGACUUUUCGACAUUACCUUACGGGUAUUAA